AUGACUUCCAUAAACGCAGACAAGCCCAGCUCCAUCCUCUACGUUGGACCAGUUACUAGUCUGAAAUUCCAUAAUAGCAAAAUUCUCCUCGCCGGACACGGGCCAUUACUUAAAGUAUUUUACAUUCCGAGCGGAGAACUUUUAGAGGUUGUCAUUGGAUUGGAAUGUUUGAGAAUCAGAGGCAUUGUUCACGUCAAUCAGACAAAUACUACCCAAGAAACCCAGCAACAUGAACAAGCAAAAGCUCCAACAAACGAGAAUUGUGUUUAUGUCAUCUAUGGAGGAAAGACCGUUCGCGUUUUGGAGAUGAGUCUCAGUUAUGAUGACACACCGAAACCAAAAUGUAAAAUCACAUUUAUAACUCCUCCCAUUAACAUGCGUGAUUGGAUACUCGACAUUAACUGGGUGUAUGGAUGCGAAGGAGAAUCUAUCAACGAGUCUGCAUUCUCAGAGCCUUGUUCUCAAUCUUCGGGGGACGUUAACCAGCCCCAUCUUUGUGUAGCCUACGCCCACAACUUUGUCGAUCGAUUCACUUACCUUUUCCGCUCUCUCGUGAAAACGGUUACUUGUUCAUCUCGAUGCAUUCUGUAUUCGGCGCGAUUUUACGGACAUUCCUGGGAAACGUUGCUCUUGGCAGCUGGUACGGUGUUCAAUGAAGUGCAUUUGUGGAGUGUUAAAGAUGGUGUUGUUAUGAAGAAAUUUAUCGGACAUGAGGGUGUUAUCUUUAAUGUACGGUUUAGUUUUGAUGGAUCUAUUCUCGCAUCUGUUUCCGAUGAUCGUACGAUACGUGUCUGGAAAACCGACGUUAAUGACAAGACAAAACCAAUAACUUUAUAUGGUCACACGGCGCGCAUAUGGGACUGCCAGAUAGUGGGCAACUAUCUCGUUAGUAUUUCCGAGGAUUCGACAUGUCGCGUGUGGCAGAAUCCAGUUAACGUUCGCGAUAUCAAAGAUGCGCUUGACAUUGAUUGUCUUGCAUGCUGGGAGGGACAUGUUGGAAAAAAUGUAUGGAGCUUGAGUAUCUGUGAGGAGAAAGGAAUUGUUGCAACAGGUGGACAAGAUUCGGGAAUCAGGCUAUGGUCAUUGCUGGAUGUUAGCAGUAAUAAGAUCGACUCUGAAGCAGAUCUGAUAUGUGCACCACUUCCGUCGCUGGAAACGUACCACAAGCUACAGGUAGACUGUGUGAACCCCAAAAAAUCGGAAACCAAGGAAUAUGUGCGGAACUGCGUAAUCGUCAGCAUGGACGAAAUUGUUAUUGGAACUAAUUUGGGCCAUAUUCUCCUUCACAAUCAUCAAACGCAUACUUGGACGCCGAUAUUUUAUUCUACAGAAUUAUCGAAUUACAAUAUGAUGACAGCAUCAAAGUGCGGACGAAUUGUGUGUUGUGGAGGCAUUAAUGGACAAGUGUUCAUCCUUAGUGUACGACAUGUCUUUGAGCCAAUUAGGAUAAAUCUUCAUCCACACAAAGUGUUUGAACUGUUUAUCUUGGACACGAAUGUUGCCGACAUACUAUAUAUAAUAUCUCACGCUGUACAUAAUGACAUUUAUGUGCUGGAAUUAGAUUUGAAAUGUGAGACGUCACACGUCAGACCGCUCUUUAAACUAGCUGUUCCUCCUCGCUUUCUCUUAAUGUCCACAGCGUAUUCAUCUCAAUACGGACUACUAUUUUGUGGAUCACGGGAAGGUGGAUUGGGUAUUUAUCAGUUACCUCCUCCCAAAGGGUGCGAAGAAGUAAGGAAAGGGAAGGAUGAAGAAAGUUCACAGAAUGACAACGAAUGUCCAGCAGCCGCGAUGCAAUCUUCAACACAAAUACCUACUUUGUAUCUUAUCUUAUACAAAUGUAAAACGCAUCGUAGACAAGCUUUGACAUCUAUAGUGUUAGAGUAUCCCCCUGUCGCAGUUGAUAACAACACCACAGACGAUGCGAAUGACUUUAUCUUUAUAUAUACUACCGGCCGUGACGGCGAAUACAUCAAGUAUCGAUUGAAAGGGGUGGAGACAUUGAGAAAGCGACGUAAAGAAAAAAGUGUUUACGGAAAUACACAUGGAGAAAAUAGCGGAGAAAAGUGCGAGGACAAAGACGGUAGCGGAGAGCAUGUUUACGUGAAAGGAACCGAGAAGAAUUUAGAAGUUGGCAAAGCAAAGCAUUGGAAAGGAAAAGGCGAAUCAGAUAGUUGUCUGCAAUUAGAAGAAGUCUAUCGCGCAAAAAUUACCAAAGGAUGGCUUGAGCAGGCAGUUCUCUUUGAAAACGCACUUUUUCUCCUCGGAUUCUAUCGUAAACGCUUUUUCGUGUUCAAUCAAUCUAAAUCCUACGAUAUCUUCAGUGUAGCCUGUGGAGGUGCACACAGAGUAUGGCACUUUUCCGCUGCUGAUGCGAAGUUGGACAGUGCUACUUUUUUGUUUAUUAGAAAAGAGAAGGUCUAUAUAUAUUCCAGAACAGGAAGUUUAAAGAAUGACGCGUUUACGGAAUGUAAAUUAGGAAAUGACUUUCAUGGACGAGAGACGCGGAGUGUUUCGUUUUGUCAAUAUCCUAUUGCGGUUGACAACUAUUAUCCUUUGAUAUUUGCUACUGGAGCUGAGGAUUCUUUGCUGAGGUUAUUUCAAUGUAUGGGAAUGAUAACUCGGGGGAAUAAUAUUGAUAAUUCGGAUACUAAUAUUCCUGGAGACAUGCAGAAUGGUCUCAGAAGUCUCUGUUGCGUCAAGAAACAUACUUCUGUUAUUAGAAGUAUUCAAUGGAGUAAGGGCAAAGAACUUCUCCUAUUUACCAGUGGAGCGAGUGAAGAGCUACGCUGUUGGAAAAUAGAAUUGACACUACCUCGUGAUCGUAUGGUCAGUGAAGGUUCUCUGCUUGUUGAUGUUAAUUGCCUUGAGUGGGGAAGUUGUCCGAGUAUCAGCGACAUCCCCGAGAUGCGUAUAAUGUCUACUUCUGUCCAUCCAAUCGACAAUAUUGACGGAAUACAUGUUAUAGUGUCAGGAUAUUCCGAUUCCAUACUCAGAGUAUGGUUAUUUACAGAAAAAACGCGCUCCUUUACACUUGUUGCUAUUGGACAAUUUCACGAUAAUUGUAUAUUAAAAGUGAAAUGUAUCGCAGUGAAAGAUAAAUUCCUUGUGUUAACUUCAGCAACAGAUGGACGCAUUGCAAUAUGGGACAUAUCUGACGUAAUUAAUAGUGUUAUUAAUCUAAUCACGACACAACAAUUUAAAAGACAUUCUUCCAGCGCAUCUUCCUCCGCGCCCUCUUCCCUUAACCAACCUCAUGUCCUUAACCGACCACUAUUUAUAUCAGCUCUACACCAAUCAGGUGUUAAUGUAUUUGACAUUGUUCAUGUGAACGGGUAUAGAUACCUGCUUGCAUCGGGUGGAGAUGACAAUGCAAUUGCGGUGAAGGGAAUAGAAAUUAAAAUUGAUGAGGGAAUCAUGGAAAUCGGGAAUUGGGCGGGAGGGGAGUUGUUUGGAAAAGGACAUUUAAAUAGGGAAGGAUUAAUAGAAAGAACAGAGGAAUGUGUAAUCAGGAUCGAGAACGCGCAUGCGUCUAGCAUUCAGGGUUUAAAGUUUCUCAACGCCUCAACGUUCGUUUCUGUUUCUCUUGAUCAAAGACUGAACAUAUGGGACAUCAGAUUCGAAGACAAUUCAUCAUGUGAAGACGACAAGAAGGUGAAGCUAAAAGCAUCCAAGUUUAUCGAUGUUUGUGAUCCCGCUUGUUUAGAUAUGACAUGGGAUGAAGAAGCGGUGCGCGAAGACGAUAGUAAAGAAUUUAAUCGCGAUGAGAACAACCUCGUGAUGCAUGCAAUAGUGGGUGUUGCUGGAAUUGGAUUCCAACUCUUCAGGAUUUAA